AUGAACUCUCGCAUUCCUUCCAUUGGUCUCCCUCCACAGACGUUCCCCUUUGCAUUUCAACAAGCACUUUGGCCAGGUUUCGUGCUCAACCCGAGCUUCCCGUCGAUGUCUUCGCCACUGCUCACCACAUUUCCAUCCAUGGCACCAACUUCACCAGCGGAAACUAUAGCCAUGAGUGACGAUGACGCAUCCUCCAGAAGAUGUGGUCGAAGCAGCUUUUCACAAGAGCAACUCGAUCUUCUCGAGGCAUCAUUCGUGAAGGAACCGUACCCAAGUACAGCACAGCGAAUGGAACUCGUGAAGAACACACAACUCCCAGAAGCAAGAAUACAGGUGUGGUUUUCUAAUAGACGAGCCAAAUGGCGGCGUACACAGCAGGAGAGUAGUGGGUCAUCUGUAGAAAGAGAAAGUGACGAUGGCCCACCGGUGCUCAAAAAGAGCAAAUGUGAAGGGUCGGAUAGUGUGGCUGAGGUGUCGUCACCACCACCACCUCCACCACCACCGAAGAAGUCGACAAUAUUCAAACCCUACGAAUGA